CUACGAUAUCAAAGGUGAUGGAAUUAGCUCACAGAGAUCUGACUUGCGAUACUCUCCUGUGAGUGACCUGGACUAUGGUACUUUGCUGUGCUGGGCGACCAACGCUGUGGGCACGCAGAGAACACCUUGCACAUUCACCGUGUUCCCUGCAGGCAAGCCCGACAUGGUGAGCUCAUGCAGCGUGUUCAACGAGACGGAGGAGAGCGUGUCGGUGUCAUGUGUUCCAGGAUAUAGUGGAGGUGUGGAUCAGAGCUUCCUACUGGAAGCUUGGGAUGAUGGUAUAGUGAGGGCGACAGACACCAGUGAUGCUACCAUUCUCCAGAUCGGAGGUUUACGUCCAGGAACCAGGUAUACACUGAAGGUGUUCGCUGUCAAUGCUAUGGGACGAUCUCAACCCUUGGUCUUCCCCGCUUACACCCUUACAGACGUAGCCGAACGACGUACAGAGAACUGGAAAAGGCAUAGCUGA